AUGGCUGGAAGUAUUAGUCGUCUACGAUACAUAGCCAAAUCAGCGCAAGAACCUAGCCAAAAGACGAUGAUAAACAUCUUCAAAGCGAUUGUAAGACCAGUGAUGAACUAUGGAUAUCCAGUUUUACUAACAGCAAACGACAAAGUAUGGGAUCAGCUUCAAAUCAUCCAAAACAAAGCGCUUCGCGCUGCCCUCGGCCUACCGAUCUAUACUUCUGUCGAAUACGUACACCGAAUAUCCAAAAUGCUGAAAAUCAAAGAAUAUGCAACAUUACUGCUCCACAAGCCUAUUAACACAGCCCCAUCAAACAAAGAUCAAACGCUCCUCCAACGCCUUCAAGACAUCGCAGACCAACUAUGA